AUGCCAGAGCUACCGGAGGUAGAGGCAGCGAGAAGGGCAAUAGAGGAAAAUUGCAUAGGGAAGAAGAUAAAGAAAGCCAUUAUUGCCGACGACCCUAAAGUCAUCGAUGGAGUCUCUCCUUCUGAUUUCGAGGCAGCACUUGUUGGCAAAACUAUUGUUUCUGCUCUUAGAAAGGGAAAGAACAUGUGGCUCCAACUCGACUCCUCUCCCUUCCCUUCCUUUCAGUUCGGGAUGACUGGUGCUAUAUACAUCAAAGGAGUUGCUGUUACCAAAUAUAAAAGGCGAGUCAUAUUCUUGUUGAUUAUAUUAGAGAAUUGCAUGCAGCUAGAUGAUGGUCUGGAGCUUUCUUUCACUGACAAGAGGCGAUUUGCUAAAGUCCGCUUGCUUGAAGAUCCAGCUUCUAAGCCCCCGAUAUCUGAGUUGGGCCCUGAUGCAUUAUUAGAGCCGAUGACAGUUGAUGAACUUCAUGGAUCCCUAAGCAGGAAGAAAAUUGCAAUUAAGACUCUAUUACUUGAUCAGAGUUUUGUAUCUGGAAUCGGCAAUUGGGUUGCAGAUGAAGUGCUAUACCAAACCAUACUCACAAUCUAUGUUAGGAGUGCUUGGUUCAAGUUUAAAUGUAGUAUAACACGGGCUAAAGCAGAAAGAACACAAGGGCUUAGGCUAGAAUUCAUCCACUGCAGAUUGCUUCUAGCUUGUCCAGAGAAAGUUCUGCAACUUUACAGAAGUCCAUCAAGGAGUAGAGAAAACAUAUGUAGGUCAUUCAAUAUUCGGUUGAAGUUGAUGCUGAUUGCAACUGCUUUCCUCUUGAAUGGUUGUUUCAUUCUCGAUGGGGCAAGAAACCAGGAAAAGUUAAUGGUGAUUGAAAAAGCAAUUCAAGUUGGGGCAGAUAGUAGUCAGUUCCCCAGCAAUUGGAUUUUUCAUUCUCGUGAAAAGAAGUCUGGGAAGGCUUUUGUUGAUGGGAAGAAGAUUGAAUUUAUUGUUGCCGGUGGGAGGACAACAGCCUAUGUUCCAGAGUUGCAGAAGCUGAAUGGAAACCAAGCUGGGAAAGCGGUGGGUAAACCAAAAACAAAAAUUUCAAAGAAAAAAAGAGACGAUGACAACAAAGAUGAUGGCAAUGAACCAGCCAGUGAGGAAGAGGAAAUUGCCAAGAAGGCCAAAUCAAAGAGAGAGUUGAGGCCUAAAAGUCCUGGAAAAAAGCCUUCAGCAAAAAGAAAAUCCAAAGCAAGUGAUGAUGAUAGUGAAGAUGACAAUGAAGAGGAUGAUGUUGGUGCUGCUGCUGGUGAUGAUGAUCAGAAGAAAAAACCUGGAAGAGUGGCCAAUAAAAAACAAGCCAUGGUAGGUAAAGCAUCCAAGAAAUUGGUUAAGAAUCAAAAUACUAAGAAACCAAACAAGAAAGCGAAGUAG